CACCACCCUCUCACUCGCGCCUCAAGCAAGAAAAAAAGCCUCCCACCCACCACCUCACCGAAGUCGGCUUUAUACUUUCGACGUCACCACACGGAAAAGAGUGACGUUCAGCACGCACCGCAACCCAUACAGAAUUGUUGACGCAGGGCUACCUUGGAUAUCGACUCUCCGCAAUAAAUCCGAGGGUUUUCCACUCCUAUUCUGCUGUAUUUUCUUGCGACGCAAGCUCCCACUUUGCGCCGCAGCGGGAUGAGCUUGUCAGAGGAGACUGUAUAGCUGCUGCAACGAUGCAGUCCGCCGCCGCCGCCAACAUGAUCGCUAGCAAACCGGUCGACGACGCACCCUCCGUGUCGUCGUCACCAUCGUUGCAGAUGGGACAGGGCCAGGAGAAGCCGCAAUCGCAGCUGAAGCAAACGGCGACAGCGGCGACAACGACCCCAAACAAGAAGAAGAUUGAGCCGUCACUGAGAUACCCCUUUUGGUUCGGAGGUAGCGCCAGUAGUAUGGCCGCCUGCGUGACCCAUCCUCUGGAUCUGGGUAAUGCGCUGCUCCCCAGGGAAACCAAAGACACAACUUCCGGCGAACUCCCCGCCCGCGACCACGAAGAUCGAACCCAACCACAAAACCCCGUGAAAGCCGUAGCAAUGUAGCAUAUACUUACACAACGCCCCUCUA